CAAUAGUUCAGCACCAAUGAACUUUAUAGCGCACUGGCCUAUGAAAUCGCUUUGCGGGUAUUUAAGUAUUGAUGUAUCACAUCGCAAUCUGAUUCUUCCCCUGACCAGCUGAAAGGCUACCGCGGCUCACUUUAAUGGUUACGGAUGUUGUUCCGUCGCAGUGUUGUACAGGGAGAUGCCGGUAGCGAUAUUAGCAUUGAAUAUCCGCGCUAAUGACCUGUCUACAUCGCCGACGAGUUCGUCGCGUUACGGGGUGGUGCUCUAUUAAUGUGAGCUCCACGGUCCCGCUCCGGCCAACAUACCCUCAACAUCAUCGCAAAGCCAUGACGCCUCGCACCCGGAGUACGCUGGAUAGAAAGAACAUGUUGAAUUCACUGGGUCCAACUUGUCCAGUGGUUAUGGAAUUGGAGCUGCUCAGGAUGAAAGGACCUCGACCACGCAAACGGUCAGUGGCACAUUUGACUAAGGCCCAACUAACCCGGAAGCGCGCAAACGAUCGAGUAGCGCAGCAAAAUAUCAGACAGAGGAACAAGGAGCAUAUCGCGGCCUUGGAGAAGAAGGUAAUGGGACUAGAGGAAGGAAUGGUGGAGAGGUCGAAGAGUAUCAAUGGGGUGACAAGGAAGAACCAGGAAUUGGAGGCCGAGAACGAAGUUCUCAGGGCCGUCUUGGCACAGCGGGUGUUUCCAGAGGUUCAGAUGCCGUUAGCCACGCAUGACGAACAAUUCAUCCCACAGAAGUGUGCUUCGGACAGAACCGUGUGAGCCUACAGCCGUCCUUCCUCUGUCGACCGCCCCCGCGACUGACCACAUAUGUCCUCCGAUCCUUGAAUACUACGAUGCAGAGGGUUCUCAGCAUCUCUACACUUCAACGGCACCUCCGCUGUGGAAUAAUCCUCUGGGGUUUGGGCAAACAUGGCAGAGCUUGACAAAACCAGCUACGGUGUGGGCGCCCUUGCCGCUCGCCCAGUCCCAACCAUCUCGAUAUAACUUUUCGAACCUCACCGACACACCUUCGUGUAUGAAUCCAACAUCUUGCGUAAUCCCGACCGAUAGGGCAGAGAAUGACGGGAAGGCAAGGAUAGGGGCGUCCCAUCUUCUUCCCUCUAAGAAUACAAUAAUCCCGGCCAAAGAUAUCGAUGGGAAAUUUCCUUGCUCUAAUUGCACGAAAUCCUACCUCCAUGCAAAACACUUGAAGCGCCAUC